CUCGAGACAGUGCGCGUGUUGUGUUGACGGACGCGAGCGACUGGAGAGGCAACAUGUCCGCCACAGCCGCCGCGCAGCAAAACAACAACGAAGAGCCGGGUCUAAACGGGUCCUGGGUGGAGCUGGAGUUGAAUGGGAACACGGGGCCUGCUUCCCAACAGCUGAACCCCAGCCUGACCUCUGCCUCCGUUGGCAACGGCAACGAGGGUGAGCCCCAGGCCAUGCAGGAAGUGGUGGAGGGCAGUCUGGCGGGAGGACUUGAGCACGUGCCCUCGUCAUCAUCCAUCCACAACGGAGACAUGGAGAAGAUCCUUCUGGAUGCCCAGCAUGAGUCCAGCCCCAGCAGCUCCUCCUGUAACAGUCCCCCGAGACCUCACAGUCCCGAGCAUGAAGAAGGUCUCAUCACUUUUGAUGUGGAGAUGCCCAGUGAGAGAGACGGUCAGUCAGAGGAUGACGGUCUGGAGAAGGACAGAGAGGAUGACAUCCUCUUGAAUAACGGGGAAGGCUGGGUGGCGGAUUGGUCUAGUCGGCCCGAAAACAUUCCUCCAAAGGAGUUCCAGUUCCGGCACCCUAAACGUUCGGGUUCGGUCUCACUGAGCAUGAGAAAGACUGGUGCCAUGAAGAAAGGAGGGGUCUUCUCGGCUGAGUUCCUCAAAGUGUUUAUCCCCUCUCUGCUGCUCUCCCACAUCCUCGCCGUGGGACUGGGUGUCUACAUCGGGAAGAGGCUGACCACACCUUCCACCAGCUCCUUUUAAGCCUAAACCCAUACCAGUGCCUGGAAGGUCCAUCAGAUGCAGCGGUGGCAAAGUUGUGUCCGAACAUCUCUAACUAAUCUGUUAGAUACAUUCUCCUCUCCACCCAUUCUCUCGCUAUUCCUCCUGCUUGUAUAUCCCCAUGUUCUCAGCUCACAUGUUCAUCUCCCUCAUGGCCAGAAAAAGCUGGGAGAAGAUUUGUGCGUUGCUCUUGUCUUGUGUUGAUGUUUUACUUUGCCUAUAACACUGUGGCUAACUGGCCUGUUUUAGGUGUUUCCUCUUCCUCCCCUGUUUGAAGAUGUAAUUACUGAUUAGUAACUGAGAAUUCUUCCUUUCAUUUAUUCUGGUAUGCAAGGAAAGCAGAAGUAAUCCUAACUUCCCAAAUCCCACACAACUACCACAACCACCAGCACAUUACCAAACUAUCACUUUUUAUCUUGUUGGUGUGCUUUGUAUCUAUGAUACAGAUGCAGCAGUGUUGUUAGGUUUAGUAGUGUGUAGGACUGUAAAUGGCUAAUGUGCAGUUAUAUUUGGAUGUGGCCUAUAAUACUCAUUAUUCAGCUUCCCUUUGCUUUCCAUAGAAGCGCCUUUAGACAAACAGAUUGUGUUAUGAGAACCCAACCAAUGAAAGGGAUUAAUUGGUUAAAAAUCAAUUUUACUUUUUUUUUUAAACACAAACCUGAUCUAGUCUGAUUCUGUUUUGCAUUUGGGCUGUGAGGCUUAUGUAGCUAACAAGUAAGGAAAGCAUAUGCCCAACAACUGUAUUUCAGUAUGCAGUUGCAAGAUUGUAACAUGUGGUUAUAAGUUUAGAUUACUUGUAAGCUGUGCUAACUUUAUAAGCUUUGGUGCAAAGCUAAGGAUGCAAAAUUUUGACACCAAACAUGUCUUGACUAAUCUACAUUAAGGUAAGUAGAAAACUAAAACAUGUAACCUUGAUUUUGUACCAAACUAUUCUUUUUAGAUUGCUGUGCUGUCUUUAAAGUAAGUCCACUCCCAGCUUGUGUUUUAUUUCUGGCUCCUACAAAUCAUUCUUAAAUUGAAUGUCCCCAACACAGUCCAGUGUUCAUUGAAAGAAAGAGAAAAACACUUGAGGGUUUGUUUGGUUUUUUUGUGGCUAGUUUCUGUUACUAUUUGAGUAUAUUUAAUUACUUGGUUUCUGAAUAAUGGACUGUUAAUAGAGCCCUUGUGUUCAUUUAUAUCAUAGUUGUGUUGAAAGACAGAGAUGGUCUCUUAAGUGCAUUUAUGCCCCUCUCUAAAGAAAUUUUGCAAGAAUUUUUAUUUUCUCUAAACAGUAGGAAGGAACUGUGAAUCUGAGGACUCAGGAAGUGAAACUUAUUUGACAGGAGCUGAUGACUUUGAUAGGAUAAGAGCUGGAGUUCUGUUCUCUAAAUUGCUAGGAUGGACAUUUACUGGUAUGGGAGGUAUGCUUUAGGUAUAGCACCAAAAAAAAAAAAAAAAAAA